AUGUCCGCGGACUUGUUGGCAGAAUUCGGCCAAAGCUCUGACCCCGCGCAAAGCUCCGCUGGCGGACAGCGGACAACCACUGGCAGUCAACAACCACUGAUGAACUCCCUGAUUUCCGAUUUUGAUCAAUCUGAUGACAUCUUCUUCGGUACUGGACCAUCCCGACUGAGUGGAAGCCAAUCCUUCAAUUCCGGUACGGCCUCUAGCCAAUACACGACCCAGGCACCAGCAGUCGCUCUUCGACAAGCUCCGAGUUUUCAAGCAGUUGAUCUACCUCGACGAAAUGACAGCGACGUCCUUUUUGAUGCGACGGAAGACAUACCAGCCGCUAGCGAUACGGAAGAUGAUUGGGGAGACUUCGAGGGGCCAGAGUGUACCACUGCCCCACCGACUCAGGCGAUAUAUUCAAAUCCCUCUCUACCAAGGUCCCAACCACCUAGUGGACCACAUAUACCAGAACCGAUCGACCUACUAGACUCUUUAUCGAUUGAAAUUUCGGCUCCGUCUACAAAUAAUCAGCCCAAAGGCUCGGAGAACAAGCCGCCUCUACAAGCUAGCAACCAUCCGCCAAACCCCGAGCCAACAUGGGACGACGACUCUUUCGGCGAUUGGGGGGAGUUCGCAGAUGCGCCUUCCAAGCCUGAGCCAGCACCUAAGCCUGGACCUAUACAUGCUUCAAAACCCAAGUCACCUCCAAAAAGAAAGCCUAUAAAAGUUGUCCCUCCUCCACAACCAACCUGGGACGACAACGCCUUCGAAGACUGGGGAGACUUCAACGACGGUCCAACCCCAUCUCCCGCUCCAGCGCCAGCACCGCCAAAGCAAAACAUAACAUUACCAACUCCAUCUCCAGGCAGCUUCACCUCGGGGAAUAUAUCAUCACCCGCAAGCGUCCGACCCACUAACAUCCCCCCACCAUCCGUCCUCCUCGAACUCCUCGUCGACAUAAUGAACAACCUCCAAAAAGAAGCAGUAACAGCCAGCAAAACCAAACAAAUCCCAACAGAACAAAAAGACACAGCCAACAAAAUACACACCACCCUCUUAACCGCAAGCCGAAUAAUAGCCGGCCGCACCCUCCGCUGGAAGCGGGACACAAUCCUCAGCCAAAGCAUGCGCAUCGGACCCGCACGCGCCGGUAAAUCCAGCGGCAUGAAACUUAGCGCCGUCAACAAGCACGAAGAUGUCAAAGAAGAGCAAGAUGCGGUUGAUGUCCUCGCACUUUGGCGUGAGCGAGCGGCGCUCUUCAAUGCUGCUGUUCAGGGUGCGGGUCUUCGGCCCAUCCCGACUGUUCCUGGACCAGCGGCGCUCAAAGUUCUAACUGCGAAACCGGGACAAGGGGCAUUGAAGGCUACGCAUGCUUGUGCGCUUUGUGCACUUAAGAGAGAUGAGAGGGUGUUGAAGGUUGAUGAGGUAGAUGUGCAGGAUAGUUUUGGGGAAUGGUGGACGGAGCACUGGGGGCAUACCGCAUGUCGAUUGUUUUGGGAAGCGAAUCAUAGGUUACUUGGACAGCGAUAA